AUGUCCAGUGCGGCCUCUGCCUCAGCAAAUCCAACUGUGUUUCGCAGCCCUUCCUCUUCCUCCUCCCGCCCUCACGCGCAUCGCCCCCCAUCAUCGGACCUUCCCCACAGGACUCGAAGCACCACCACCAGGCCUCCCCCGUCUUCUUAUUCCCAGCAUCACUCCUCCUCGCGCUCUCAGUCUUAUGACCGCCGACCUCCAUCCAACCACGCGGCCUUUGCAAAUAUAGCCCGUCGGGAUUUCGAGGCUGCUAACCUUGCCCGCCCGCCAUCGUCUCGCCGAGACUCCUCGCGAGAUCGUUCUCAGGAGCGCCCGCCAACCUCCCAUCGAUCCGACCCAGUUCGUGCCUCUCAACACCACCGUGCCCCCUCUCGAAAUAGGCGGGAUUCAAUCGAUAUGCCAGGGACCGUGGUUGAUGCGAACGCGGCUAACGUCGCUGCGGCGGCACAUGCCAACCCAAACCAGCCAAAACGUCGCACCAUGAUCUCCACCCCAACAGGGCAGUGGGCUCUUGGUAAAACCAUUGGCGCUGGGAGUAUGGGCAAAGUCAAGAUUGCCAAAAACAUAGAAACAGGCGAACAGGUCGCCGUCAAGGUUGUUCCAAGACAAAACACCGAAGAGCAUCGAAGUGGGAGAGAUGCUGAACGUGCCGAUCGGUCCAAAGAGAUUCGUACGGCCCGAGAGGCUGCCAUUGUUUCUCUUGUUGACCAUCCGUACGUGUGCGGAAUGCGCGAUGUUGUUCGAACACCUUAUCACUGGUAUAUGCUUUUUGAGUAUGUCAACGGUGGUCAAAUGCUGGACUAUAUCAUAUCCCACGGCAAGUUGAAAGAAAAGCAAGCAAGGAAGUUUGCUCGACAAAUCGCCAGCGCCUUGGAUUAUUGCCAUCGCAACAGUAUUGUUCAUCGGGAUUUGAAGAUUGAGAACAUCUUGAUCAGUAAAACCGGUGAUAUUAAAAUCAUUGAUUUCGGAUUAAGCAAUUUAUUUUCGCCGAGAAGCCACUUGCGUACAUUCUGCGGAAGCCUCUACUUUGCUGCUCCUGAAUUGCUCCAGGCGCGGCAGUACACAGGCCCUGAAGUAGACGUAUGGAGUUUCGGUAUCGUACUUUACGUACUUGUCUGCGGCAAGGUCCCGUUUGAUGAUCAAAGCAUGCCACAACUUCAUGCCAAGAUCAAAAAGGGCGAAGUUGAAUAUCCCCAGGGUCUGACAUCAGAAUGCCGCCAUAUUAUCUCCCGAAUGCUAGUCACAGAUCCCAAAAAACGGGCCAGCUUGGCCGAGAUUAUGAACCACCCUUGGAUGAUCAAAGGGUUUAAUGGACCACCGGAAAAUUACCUUCCCAUACGGGAGCCGCUCCAGUUUCCACUAGACCCUGAGGUAGUGGAGAAAAUGACGGGAUUCGAUUUUGGGCCUCCUGACUUCAUUACAGCUCAACUGACCAAAACCCUGGAAUCCGAAGAUUACCAAAUUGCCUCAAAAUCUUUCACCCGAGAGCAAGCAACUCCAAACAUGAGCGGUGACAGGAAGAGAGGCGGUGUUUUUGACUUUUAUAGACGGCGGAACUCAGCAAGCAGGGAGACACUAUCAAAUUCAUCUGUUGAGGCGGUCCAGUUCGGAAGUGAUCCUCUUAAUGCCUACAGUCCUCUUAUAUCCGUUUAUUUCCUUGUAAAGGAGAAACUCGAUCGAGAACGAGCCGCUAAAAACCCAGGAGCUCUUGCUAUACCGUCAGACACCGUAUUGAAAAUGCCUGACUUGCCAGCCCCGGAAAUCGCACAUACCAACCAAUAUGACGUCCCAGGAGUGAAAGAUACUAGCGCUAGAAGUCGUCCACGCGCAAGAACGCACGGUGAUGAUGAGCUAGUGGAUGGAAUCAAGAAACUUCAUGUCAGCCAGCCCACUACAACUAACCCAAAUCCAACAUUUGUGCCCUCGCAGGUUGAUUCGCCUGCCAAGAAGGAGAGCACUGCCGCUGGAAUUCUGAGACGUUUUAGCACUAGAAGGGUUAGAGACCGAGGCCGCGACUCUGGAGAAAAAGAGAAACUUCCACAAAAUGUGCCGAGUUUGAACGUGCAACCUCCUGCCGAUUUGGCUUCGCCACUGCAUCGUGGCUUCAGUAUACGCAGGACUAGACACGCAGAACCGUCCCCGACUACAUUGCAUGCAAGCGAUAGUCAAUCACAACAACAGGAUCUUUACCGUGCUCCUGGAUCAGGAGAACAACAAAAUUCGCAAUCAAAUAAGUUCUUGGAAAGAUCUACAAGUGUCAAUUCCGCCGACUAUCGUUCUCGCAGACUGGCACGGAAGUAUGGAGCUGAUGGCAACGGAUCACACCUCAAUGAGCCGCCUCUCACGAGUGGUUCUGACAACCUCGGUGUUAAUGAGUUUGAUGGGCAGAAGGCUAGUCCAGGAGCGUCCGCUCCGCUACAGGAAAGCAAACUGGCAUCUCGAGCACCAGCUGCGCGGGCAAAAUCUCUAGGACAUGCACGCCGGGAAAGCAUUCAAGCCCGUAGGGCACGUCGAGAAGAGGCGAGAGAGGCCACAGUUCCUGAGGAUGAUGAUGACGGCGAUUUGUCUAACACCGGAAACGCGCUAGAAAAUGCAAAUACUGGCGAAGACUUUUCCAAACCCGUCUAUCUCAAAGGCUUGUUCAGCGUUUCUACAACCAGUAGCAAGCCUCUUCCUUUUAUUCGGGCCGACAUUAUUCGCGUUCUCCGACAGCUAAAUGUCGAGUUUACAGAGAUCAAAGGCGGAUUUAGUUGUCGCCAUGCUCCAAGUAUCGAUCUUGACCGGGUGAUAGAUGCGGGACCUCCGAGCCCAGAAAGACAAGGGCAAGUCUCUGGACACAGACAUAGAAUCAGUUUCGGAGGAUUGCGCGCAAACGAUGAGGCAAGGGAAGACUCAAGAGCAGCUCACCCGUCGCGAUAUGCUCGGCGUAACCAGGGACCCCCAGACCGCAGUUUCAUUUCCAACUCCGAGGCGUCCGAUGAAUAUGGACCAUCUCAAGACAACAACGAGGUUGGCGAGCGUGUAGUUGGUGAAACCACAACACGAGUUCAAAGCGAUACAGGGGAAAACCUGGUUCUACGUUUUGAGAUUGUGAUUGUCAAAGUUCCAUUAUUUUCUCUGCAUGGCAUUCAAUUCAAGAAGGUAUCGGGUGGCAUGUGGCAAUAUCGAGAGAUGGCCAAAAGAAUCUUAGACGCUCUAAGACUUUGA